AAUCUAGCAAGUGACCUUUACACAUAAAAGUAGCUAUAUACCUCGAAAAAUUUCAUUCGAGUGCUUACCUGUGCCUUCCUAUCGAUAACAUCCAAUAUGACGUCCAAAUUUAUAGGUUGUUUCUUCGUCGCUUUAUUUCAUUUAACCUUCUCCAGUUUUACUAACAAAGAACUCCUGAUAAUGCAGUACAAAUCGAGACGGCAUGCGUGGGAGAACUUCUUUAUGAGGUGGGCAAAGUGUUAUCAGAACGAGCUAUGGAAGGAAAAGUUGUCGUUUUCGUAUGCUAUUGUAAUGGAUGCAAUGGAAAGACAAUGGCGUAGAGACUAUAUCGAGCAACUGGUGCUGUUUCCCAUUUAUGGGUUAAGGUACGCAGACCCAGCAAGCUUUGAAGAAGCAUACAAGUGUAUUUAUGGUGUCUUCAAUGAUCCCUUCGCUUUUCCAAAUGAAAACCAGCCACGACUGAGACGCCAAGCAGGGUGGUCCCGUGGUCAGACUCUCCGACGAACGAAACGCGCAUCAAUCUUUUCUCUUGACCCGUUGCGAUUUCAUUCAAUCAGCGAUGAGUUUUUAAAAUUCAGAAAGUCCAUAGCAAAGAAUCACCUCUGUGUCUUAAUCGGUGUUGGCUGUCCUCACCAACCUGAUGGGAGCAAAAUGGAAUUAGAAAAUGUUAAAGAAUGGAAUCCGAGGAAGAUAAAGUUUGAGCACGAUCAAGUUUCGAUUGACCUCAUGGAAGAUAGACGGUUCUUGAGAUCUUACCAAUUCAUCAUGAGAGACUUUUACCAAUAUGUUACAAAAUGCCUAGAUAGCCGUAGGGAAAUGACGAAUUUGGAGCACGAGUACUGUUCCUUCACGGAAAAGACGUUUGAUAUAGACAAGCAGGAAACAGAGAAUCAAAGAAAUCCUUUAUGUGGAAGCGCCUGCAAAAUGUCUCUCAGUAUGGUGUGGGCAAUUACAGCAUACGUCAUAUUUAUAAUGUUAAAAUCCUGAUAAUUAUCAGGUAUACUCAUCCGGAUUUAAAAGAAAUUCGUGAAUGCAAAGACCUGAGUAUUUUCUCUUAAACUACAUACAUCGAUAUAUGAAAGAAUACUUUGGAAUUACAUAAAUAAACGUUUUCCUUUUUUUUAAUUUUGUGUGCUUUAAUAACUAUAUCGUUCAACGUAAAUUAUUAAUCAGUGGGUAAGAUCAUUUUAAAUUCCUAUACUUUAAUUUUAUGGUAAUUGUAUUGGUCACGCGUAUUAAAAUUUUAUGGGAAUUGUAUCCUCACGAGUAUUAAAAUAUAGAAAUAACGUUGAAAUGGUACAUGGCAUUAUUCUGCUGAAAAUCUCUCCAAAACGUUAUUUUGUUUUUCCGUCUCAUCACUUGAGAAUCGGAUUUGUAAAUGCAUUUCUUUUUAUUAUUGAGUAAAUAUGCAGGAACUAUUACCGCAUAUCAGUAUUUUAUAACUUUAUUUUUGAAAAAAUCAAUUCUUACCCAUAGGCUUUGACAAACGAAUCUCAGAAUGUCUUCGUACAUCAACGAGGUCCACCUUGCUCAUUCGAAACGCAAAGUAUAACUAAAAUAAAGAAUCUGGUAAUAUGAUGAUGAUGCACAAACUGCUAGAAACUUGUAAAUGUCUUGCUCGAGGAAGAGUAGAGUAAGAAAUACAUUCAUGAGAAUAUAUACAUCAUACAUUACUCGAUAAAAUAAUAUCGGUGUAUAGCAUUCUAGAAUUAAUCGAAGUUUUUUAAUGUAUACCUAAUUACAUUUAUGUAAAUCUUAUCUUCUCCUUCCUGUAAGAUCAGUCGCUGCAUUUUCGCGGCACAUCGGUCAGUCAGGGAUCACCAAUUAGCUCCCUCUCUGGCCAACCGGUAUGGUUCUUCCCAGGUGGUAUUUAGCGGCGAGCUGGCAGAAACGUUAGCACACCGGGCGAAAUGCUUAGCGGUAAUUCGUCUGCGUUAGGUUCUGAGUUCAAAUUCCGCCGAGGUCGACUUUGCCUUUCAUCCUUUCGGGGUCGAUAAAUUAAGUACCAGUUACGCACUGGGGUCGAUGUAAUCGACUUAAUACCUAUGUCUGUCCUUGUUUGUCCCCUCUGUGUUUAGCCCCUUGUGUGUAAUAAAGAAAUAGGUAAUUAGUGUGCGUAUUUCUUCUUUAAAAGUACUACACCAUGUCUUCUUUGGUCGGCCUGUUUUUCCAUUAACUUCCAGCGGCAUUCAGCCCAUGACUAUUUUGGCAAGCCUCUCAUCUCGCAGUCAUAUUUUGAGUCCAGCCAUUCUUAUUCAUCAUUCGUUUAAUGUAAAUCUAACAUUCCUGAAACUGAGUUUAUUCUUAUUCAAUAUUUGUAACUUAUCUGAGUUCAAAUUCCGCCGAGGUCGACUUCGCCUUUCAGCCUUUCGAGGCCGAUAAUUACCAGUUGCGUACUGGGUCGAUUUAAUCGACUGGCCCCCUCUCCAAAAAUUUCGGUCCUUGUGCCUAGAGAAGAAAAGAAGAACUGAAACUUAGUUUUUUCUUAUUCAAUAUUUGUAACUUAUCUGAGUUCAAAUUCCGCCGCGGUCGACUUCGCCUUUCAGCCUUUCGAGGCCGAUAAUUACCAGUUGCGUACUGGGUCGAUAUAAUCGACUGGCCCCCUCUCCAAAAAUUUCGGUCCUUGUGCCUAGAGAAGAAAAGAAGAAUUGUAACUUUUCGUGUGGCGUGCUGGCACAAACGUUAGCACACGGGGCGAAAUGCUUAGCGGUGUUUCUUCUGUCUUUACCUUCUGAGUUCAAAUUCCGCCGAGCUCGUCUUUGCGCUUCAUCUUUUCGCUAUCGAUAAAUUAAGUACCGAUUGUGUACUGGGUCGAUCUAAUCGACUGGAAUCCCCUCCCCAAAUAAUUUCGGGCUUUUUACCUAGAGUUGAAAAGAACAUUUGUAACUUAUAAGGCGGCGAGCUGUAUAAAAUAAAUGCAUUAUUAUUUGCAUACAAGCACCGCUUUAGGGACAUCCAAUCUAACAUGUAUAUAUUCUUCGUCUGAUUUGUUGAUGACAUGCAAGGCCUAUUUAUUUAAAUUUUUACUCAGCUUUCAUACGAAAGAUGACUCUUUUAGAAACAACUUUUUUUUUUUUCUUUAUAAACAGUAAACCUUGUAUAUCUUAAAAGAAACAAUUUUUAUAGGAGAGAAAUUUAUAUCCUAUGAUUUUCAAUAAAAUUUUUC